AUGUCCACUGUUCAGGGGACUUUGGUGAACAUCAUUUUCUGUUGUAUUAUCCUGCUAUUUUCUCGGUUUCUCUGGAAUUAUGUAUUUUCUCCUUUGAAAUCAUUUCCAGGCCCGGUCGCGGCUAGCUUCACCAAUCUAUGGCGUCUCCAAGAUGUAUUCAGCGGCCGAUGUCAUAUCACACAUCUCGACCUUCACCGCAAGCUAGGCUCUGUGGUCCGGAUGGGACCGAAUGUCUUGAGUUUGUCCGAUCCACAGAUGCUCAAUCAGGUGUAUACAUCCAGAAAGCCCUGGCUCAAGAGUGAUCUGUAUAAUGUGAACGAUGUUCUCCUUCCAGGUGGAAUUCGACUUAAAAAUCUCUUCUCGCAUCAGGAUGAGCAAUGGCAUUUGACCUACAUCCGCCCUGUUAAGGGUCUAUACAGUAUAGCCAAAAGUCAGGAUUUCGAGCCCGCAAUGGAUGUGACAAUUAACCUAUUUAUCGAAAAAAUGGAAGAGAGAUUCAUGAAGCCUGGCAAGGCCUGCGAUAUUGCUGACUAUAUAAGUUACCUCGCUUGGGAUUUAAUGAGUCAGGUCACUUUUUCCAAAGAUCUGGGAAUGUUGGAAACCGGGUGCGACACACACAAAUUGAUGGAAACUUCAAAUAAAACUUUGGACUACUUUGCAUCGAUCUCCCAAAUCCCCAAAUUGGAUCGUUUGUUCGACAAGAACCCCUUUAUUCGUCUUGGGCCUCCAAGCUUUGAGUGGGCUACAAAUUUUGUCAUUCAGCAGUACCAGGAUCGCCUUGCUAAAGGAUCUCCCGACGCUCAUUGUACUGAUUAUCUGGACCACUUCAUCGAUCUGAAGAGCAAGCAUCCGGAUAUUGUUGACGACAACACCAUUGUGAUGUAUACGAUGUCGAAUGUAGUGGCAGGAAGUGAUACUACGGCAAGUGCUAUGUGCUCUGCUCUUUAUCAUGUCCUGAAGCACCCUGAGGUUCACGAGAAACUGUGUCAGGAGCUUAGAUCUGCUCAUCUCUCUCUACCCGCGCAAUGGAAAAAUGUCCAGGGUCUUCAGUACCUGGAUGCUGUAAUGCGCGAGGCGAUGCGGCUUACUCCGGGGUUACCUAUGUUGCUAGAGCGAGUCGUUCCUGAAGGAGGAUUUUAUCUUCCAGAUGGUCGAUUUGUGCCUGAAGGUACGAUUGUAGGUAUGAACUCCUGGGUGGUUAACCGCAACAACGCUGUUUUUGGUGACAAUACCGACUCUUUCAUUCCGGAGCGUUGGCUUCCUUCGGAACAUGAAUCGAAUGAACAAUACCAAGCCCGACUCUCUAAGAUGAAAGGCACCGACAUGACUUUUGGUGCUGGUCCACGAAUAAAACUCUCUAAGCAGGACCAUGAAUGGACCUUGAUCAAUUCAUGGUUCACGAGGCAACACGACAUACCGGUUAUAAUUCAAGAAAUAUCAUGA